AUGGUUUACAAAUAUAAACUACCGUCACGUUUACAACACGGGGAUGCUGUGGAACUACGCGGUCAGGCCGGUGAUGACAGACUGAUUGUGGAGUUGCUCUCCGAUCAUAUGGCCUGCGAUCCGGGAAAAGAGCCCAAGGAUAUCAUCCCGGAAGAGGAUUUGGAGGUUGAAGUUCUACCGGUCGUUCCAACACUGCCACUUCAGAUUGUCAUGGAAUCCGUUGGUACGUGGGACGUUAAUGCAGUCUCUCCGAUUUCAAGCACAUCGUCACACGGAACGACUGCAAGACGGUACGGAUUUCGGCCAAACGAGGACUUUGUCCUCACCAUUCUCGUGCGACCGGAACAUUUUGAGACGGAAAUACAAAAUGGUCGACCAGUCAGAUGCAAAACGGUCAAUAAAUAUUUUUUUCUUGGCAUUGUCGAUCAUAAACUGGGCGGGUCACAUGGACACCGACCAGGUCCAGGCUCAGUGUUGCACAUUAUUCUCACACGUUACAAUCAAAUCGGGGAUCUAAUGCUUCAAUAA